AUGAAGGAAGCAUUUGAUAAAGUUCAAAGCGUUAAAGAAACAUCAAUGGCUCUCUACAACAAAUUCAAUGAUAAAAAAUAUGGCAAAAUUCACGAAAAAUUUAAAAAUGCAAAACUCAUGGAUGAAGAAAAAUUAUUUGACAAAAAUUAUCUGACUGGGUUAUUCAACAAGUUGUGGGGACAUUUUACCGAAAAGAGAGAAGUUGAGGGUAAUGUCCUUGAAGAUGCCGUUUCAAUAUGGAAGUCUUUUGCUCUACAUUUUAAAAUCCCGUCACAUAAUGUUUGCCUGUGUUAUAAGAAAAAGGAUGUCAAGAAAUAUAGUAGGUUAAUUCUAAAAAUAUCAAAAUGUAAAAAUCGGUUACAUCAUUCGAAUAAUUUAGUCAUAUUGCUUAAUUCUUCGGUUAACAUAAAACAUAACGGUAAAAUAAACGUUAUUUACUGUUUAAUUUUGAUCAUCACUUUAAAAAUUCUUAUAAUAUUUAAAAGACCCCAAAAAUCUUUCAAAAAAUUCUUCUUAUUUACCCAUCAAUAA